CAGUAGGAAUCGCACAGAUCACAAAGUUGCAUAGGCUGACUUGUCGCUUACUAGUGCCCAAUGGAGGACGUCCUUAAGCUCCUUGCGGCAGGUGUCAACCCUGCCGAUGUCACUCCCUUUACAUUUCCAGCUGGGCUUCUUGGUGGUGGACCAGGACCUGCUUUGGGCGCGGCCAACCUUGACCUGGCUUUGGCCCUGCAAGCCGGAAGCUUUCCUUCUUUCCUCAUGGGCUCGCUUGGCUCGGGAGGCGGCCCACCACUUCCGCUACCACAAGCGCUAGCCCUCCCGUCAUUAGAGCUCCCUAAGCUUUUGAGCCUGGACGUGGGCGGGGAUGCCGGAGCAGGACCCAUGGCGAGAGCAGCAGCCGCUGCUGCUGCCUCAUACGAGAACGGAGAGGCGUCCGAUGGCUCGGGUGACAAUCCACCGCUACCUCCACACAGGAGCAGAGCGCAAGGUCGCCAGUUGCAACAGCUUCAACAGCAAUUGCCACAGUUUGAGCCACCACCAUCACGCCAGGCUGCUUCCAGCAAGCGCGACUUGGAUCAGCCCUCACCCUUGUCCAAGAGCAAGCGGCAAGCUCUAUCAGCAGCGGAGGCCAUGGUGGACUUAAAGGCGGAUGCCUUGCAAUCGGCAGCUGCCGCGGCAGCGAUAGCAGCAGCCGCUGCGGAGGCCGAACGCGCGGAAGCACGAGCGGAAGCCUGGCGGAACGAAGCACGGCGGGCAGACAACAACAAGCAACAACAGCAGCAACACGCGGACGGCUCAAACUCGGACGGGUCGGACACGACCUCAGAAUCCGCGGGCGCCGCUCCCCCCCGUUCCGCCCCCGGCCGCGCCCGCCGCCCCUCCGGCAACAAGGACCCCGUGGCUCGGGCGCAGAUGCGACAGCUCAAGAAGCGAGACCUGAACCGCGAAGCGCAGCGGCGGUUCCGCGACCGGCAGAAGGCGGCCCUGGCCCUGCUGGAGAGCACCACUCAGAGCCAGCAGCGGGAGAUCGAGGCGCUGCGGCUGACCAACAAGCUGCUGGAGGAGCAAUAUCGGGUUCUGAUGGAGCAGUACAAGGCGCUGCAGCUGCGCUUCGUUACCAUGCAGAUGAAGUCGCAAUCCAAGGUUUAGGUGUGUUAGGUUCUCAUGUGUCUUUGACACACCCCUUGGGUUGGAGACCAGCAAAUGGGAGCGAAGCGAUGGGGGAGGCAGGGGGGUUGGAAGGGAGGGCGUUCGUGCAGCCCCAACCAGUCCCCCAUUGCUGGGCCGGUCCCAAUGAUACGCAUUGCCCCCCUUGUACCGGAAUGGAGGUGGUCGCAUGAACGCAUGCUUACUCCGCUGGACUUCCUGGCUGGCACCCGAGCUGCUGCCGUCGCUGCUGCUGCCGCCGGUUGCUGCGGGGCUUUCCUCUUGACGGUGCCCGAGUGCAUGGUUGUCGUGCAGCUUGCUGGCUGGAGUCGUGCCGUAAAGGGUGACGAGGUGCUGGAGUGACGAGGUGGCUGUGGCUGGUGGUUGCAGCGGGGAGGGAGGGGCAGGGGCACCACACCAGCAGCGGCUGCGAUGCAUUACGAAAGAGGGGCGAGUAGCUGGUGUUGUGGUUGAGGAGGCGGGGAGAACUUCAGGAGGGAGGGGGCUAAGGGCUAACAGAAGCAAGCAGCCAAGCAUGCCACGUAUGAAGGAACUGAACUUUCAUCACUAUAGUCCGCGUUUAGAAAUCCGUUGUUGUCGUAGCGAACCUGUUUGUGCAUGGGCAGCAUGGCUGCAGCCUCCAGCGGAGGUGCACCCUGGUUGUUCUUAACCUCUGACGGGGCGCCCCCUGGGUAGGCGCCUCCCGAAUAAUGAGAUGUCGGAUGUGGUGUGAUGGCAUGUCAUGGAGUGGGUGGUGGAAGGAAGACGGGUUUUCUUGCGGUUUGUUGCGUCUCUAUAUGACACGAAGGGCUUUCCCCCGCGCAUGGCUUUGAGCUGUAGGUGAGGUGUUGCGGUAGGUAUGGGCCACAUGGAGGAGAGGGCGGCGCCUUGGCUACCGGUACUGCUGUUGUUUGCCUUGGCGGAGGGAGGAGCGCCGCGGAGGUUGGGGAUGGUGGUGGGGGUGAGGACGACGGGAGGGGAGGGGAAAUGUCGCGGCGCUGCAGAUGUGUCGGCAAAAGGUGUUCCUCCCCUUUCCCCCCGGGAGCAUGGGAUAGGUGAUAGGUACCACUGUUUGUUGCUAGGAGUAGAUUGGGUGAUGGCGGCAGAAGGAGUGAAGAAGUUGUUGAUGCGGUAUGAUGUUUCUCCUUGUGUAACUUCUGCACUGCAGCGCUCGACACGCUAGCGGUUGUAGGAGAGGGUAUAGCAGCUGGUUUCCCCUGAUGUACGGGCGUAAGGUCGGACGCGAUGAGACCUACCGUAUAUUAUGAAGUGCUUUUUGCUGGCCCUGCCUCAGUUUGUCUUCCCGUGUCUUUUGUUCUUUUUGUGAGUGAUGGGCGAGUUCGCCACAUAUUUUGACAAAGUUUCGGACGCAAAUGAGACCCAUGGGUCAGAGGCCAGGAGCCGCAAGAGUUUGGGCACAGUUGAAGGUGUGGGGGUGAGAUGUUGGGGGCGAUGGUACCGGUACAGCAAGGUUGCGGGAUAAGGAGGUUAGGAUUGGAGCUUCUGUUGAUCGGAUGCGACAGAACCAACGGUCAUUAACGGCUGUCCCUCCUCUGGCUUAUUACAACAACAUUUACAAGAUGAUGCGCGAUAUGUUUCUAACGUAUGUGUGCUGCGGACAGCUUUCCUGUAGAGUCACGGUUGCAAGCGGAACGGAAGAAGAAAGAAAGUAAUCGGUUUGCAAAUGCAGCUGGUUUAUGUGCAGUGUUAGGUGCCGUUUGUUUUGGCUGUCAGGGAGGCUCAAGAAGAGCAUGUACGUAGGAGGGUACGUUGGGAGUUGUCAACGCGGCGCAUUUUGGAAUCAGGGUGGCUCGCGUUACCCCUGUGCAGGCGUUGUUAAAGCUUUUUUGUGAGCAUGUGACACGUAAAAGCAACAGCGGUAGCAACGGCACCGCUAUUUUGCAUGCAUGUCGAAUACCGAAGAUGCAUAUUUGCGCAACAGGCAUUCCUGCGGACCUUCGGACCCGCGGGUCGUCCGGCCAGUGCACGUGCCGGGGUGUUUCUAUCACCCGUUUUUCUUUACCAACUGUAAAC